AUGGCUAUUCGAAGCGAUCAAAGGACAGCAGGGCGUCCACGCCGCAAGGAGGCUUGCUGUAGGCUCCAGUGGGUCAAGUAUGGCGGGGAGAUUGACAACCCCGCCAGUAUCAUCAUCACCGCCCAAAAGCUUCCCUUCUCUGGCCAUAGAACCUCUUCCGCCAUGUCAGCCCCGCAAAUCCCCAACCUGAACACCCUCCGUCGCGGUGGAGGUCGAGGACGCUUACGAGGCCGCGGAGGUACCAGUGCUGGCGAAGACGGCCAUGGACUGCGCGCAACAGCAGCCAAAGACCGGGUUGUACAGGGGACAGACAAUGACGCCAGUGUCUCCCGGCUGAGUGCAGUGGAAAUCGGAUACCUGGAGGACCCAUUCGCUCGGGCGUCGACAUCGCCGGGAUCAGAAACGAGAAGACUGCCCAUCAUCAACAGAGGUACAUACGUCCGCACCACUGCCAUCGACCGCCUCGUUGCGCGAUUCCUCGGCCUCGAAUCAACGAACAGCACCACCACCGAGACCAGGAAACAAAUCAUCUCGCUAGGCGCUGGAUCAGAUACGCGAGUAUUCCGUGUCCUCUCCCAGCCAACGGUCCGCAACCUCGUCUACCACGAGAUCGACUUCCCCGUAAACACCGCAGCGAAAAUCAAGUUUAUCCGCGCGGCGCCCCUCCUCCAGCGCGCACUAGGGAUUAAGGGCCCCAACGACAUAUCCAUCUCCGACACGGGGGACGCACUGCACACCCCGACCUACCACCUGCAUCCGCUUGAUCUCCGAACACUCGCCGCGUCCGCGUCCACAUCAGCAGAGCCAGCCGCGCCUCCACCUCCCCCCUCGCUCCCCGACAUCGACCCAACCCUUCCCACCCUCCUCAUUUCAGAAUGCUGUCUGAUCUACCUGUCCCCGCGCGAAGCCGCCAACGUCGUGGACUACUUCACGAAGAUGCUGUUCCCGGCGCGCGUGCCGCUAGGCUUGGUCCUGUACGAGCCUAUCCGACCGGACGACGCCUUCGGGCGCACGAUGGUGGCUAAUCUUGCGACGCGCGGGAUCCAGCUGCAGACGCUGCAUGAGUAUGCGUCUUUGGAGGCACAGCGGCGACGGCUACGCGAGCAUGGACUCGAUGCGGGCCAGGCUGCAGCGGAUAUCGACUUCAUCUGGGAGCGGUGGGUGAGUGAGGCGGAGAAGGAGAGGGUUGCGGGGCUGGAGAUGCUGGAUGAGCUUGAGGAAUGGCGGUUGCUUGCGCGGCAUUACUGUGUUGCGUGGGGGUGGAGGAGGGGGGCAGCGGAGGAUGCUGUGGGAGUGUUUGAUGGUUGGAGGGAUAUAGAGGGACAGUCGGGGGAGUAG